AUGCCUUCUCCAGCAAAGAAGCGCCAAAUUUCUGAUUUUUUUCAACCAUAUGUCAAAAGCAGUGUCCCUGCUAAGCGACCCUCACCAUCUAGCGAGCAGGCAUCACAGAGGAAGAGUCCAGUCAGAGAUGUCUCUCCCACACGGACGCCCAAGGCGGUAAGGCAUCAUCAACUCGAUGGAAAAGUCCGAACACCAACCGCUCCACCAUUUUCUCCUCUAUCCACCCCCAACUCCAGGUCAUCCCUCCCAAUUCGCAGUCCUCGCCCGAAGUCUGGGUUACAACCACCGACGACUUACCAGCGAGCCCCUCGAUUUGGCUCGCAGACGAAGAAGGAUGCUGCACCAAAGCCAUCGACUCACAGUUUCAAUUUUGCCGAUCUGCCAGGAUCGACGCAAGUAGCUGCCAGAGGUAGAGAGAUAAUUGAGAUUCGCGAUUCAGACGAAGACACAGAUUCACUGGUUUCGCUGGAUGAUAUUCUUGGUAGGCGGAAGGAUGAGCAUACAACUUCUUGCUCGUCAUCUCCAGAUGUUGACGAGGAUCAAAUCGAAAAAGAGAGGGUCAAGACCUUGAGUCUAUUCACCCACGGCCGGUCUGAACCCUUGGUGGGUAAGGACAAGCUGCGAGCACUGUAUGCACAACAACAUGCUCAGAAAUUCGACAUCAGGGGUAUCCUGGGCGAUCACUUCGACGAUCAGGAGACCGAGGAGAAAGUGAAGAAAGCGCAAGACAACUACAAAGAAUCUACUAAGCCACAAUUACAGAACCGGAGCUGGGAGGUCGAUCGAAAACUUUUGGCCACGGUCGCAACCACUGAAGACGGUGACGAAGGUGUCUCAAGGCUCCUGAAUGCUGUGCAGCGUCAGGAGGUACUGAGUUCAAAUCUAACCUUUUCGUUCUUUCGCCCAGUUGGUGAUGAUGAUAGGGCCUGUACAUCAACAGCACAGGACCCUUUCCCCGAAGCUAGCAUUCCGCACCGUCUCUGGCGCCCAAAGGAUGAUAGAGCCAGGUCAAGGGCAUAUCUAUCUGGUCAUAUGGUCGAGCUUGCCACGAGAAGACAAUUGGGAAGUGAUGUAUUCAAAUGGACCUUCCACAAUGUUGUGCAUGAGUCACACGAUGGAGUUCGGCAAGCAUAUAUCAACUGUCUCUCCGAAGCGAGCGCGGCCUGGACCAGGACCAAUAUUACCGCUGCAGAUGUCCAACGCGUCUUCCAGAACCUCGGAGCAGAAUCUGCUAGUUUACAAGAUUCCGGUCUAAUCAAACCCAGGCCUCGUUCUACUAAAGACACGUGUGGAAGAAACCCGAAGCAUCUUUUGGCAGCACUCCAACUAUUUCAGCUUAUCUGUCAAGACAUGGACUUUGCCGCAUUGAGCAAAUUGACCUCGACUCUGUGUCGUUUGGCGAUCGAUCAACAACUGAUGAGCGAUGGACUGGUGUCUGUCAAGGUGGAAGAGUUGCUUCAAACAAUGCUAUCAUUUACAGACUUCGACACACAAUCGCACGUCGUGGAGCGAAUGAUUGACGACGUUGGGCGCCGUCUUGAAACACCAUUGCUACAAGCUCGGCUUCUCGCUCAUGUUCUUCCCGUCUCACCCACAGCAUGUCGGACACGUGUUCUUCUGGCUCAAGCAUUCCUCUUCGGAGCCGACAAAUUCCAUUCGAAUAAGCCUGCGCCGUUCGAGAUCAACCUUGACUCCUUGACACAACUCAUCACCACCUCGCCGUCCUUCAACACCACCCGCCAUAAAAGCUCGGAUCCAUUGGAUUAUGCUUCUCUACGCUCACUAGCUCACAUCUUAGACGUAGCCAUUGGCGAUGGCGGGCGUCCACCGAGUUUUCCCUCACGGGGUGAAGAGAUCGUAUUCAAUCGAUCGGUCGAUCGUCUUGCAGACGCAGUUCGCGCAACGUUCAUCUCGAUCGUCGACACGGGCGCUUCGCAUAUGAGUCGCACCGAGGCCAAGGAUGUGCUGCAAGCACUCCACUGGCGGCUUUUGUAUAGCGUGCGUACGGAGGUCCGACCGAAGAAAAGUAUCUUCGAUGCAAAGACUGGGAAGACACGGGACGGCGAGGCUAUGAGAGGGGAAGACAGGGCCCGAGAUUUCUUGAAGCAUUUCUUAGAUCGGCAAAAAGGCAAGGAACAGGGCACGAAGCAGCAGCAGCAGAUGCCUCUUGCGGAUCAACAGGAACAGGAACAAGCACCCAGCGGACCAAGAAUAGAUAUGAUGGCAGAAACAGACACGCUUAUUCUAGAGGCAGAGAACACCGAGCCCGAAGCUCCCGCUAACAGCGCGAGUGUCGUGAGCAAUGCGACGACCUCUACCGCCUCCUCGGAGACCAUCUCUGAACCGUCGGAGACAGAAACGGCGAUCCGGGCGCAAUUGGGGUUGAGUUGA